AACAUGCAACUUUGAGACAGGCAGACAAUUGGACCCAUUGGUAGUUGCACUUGCACAUCCAUAUAGGAAACUCCCCUGCAAGUUAGAAGGCGCCUCUUCUCUGGUUGGCAUCCAGAUCGCUCCCAUCUGUGUCCGGCGUAAACCCGGUGUGCGCUGCUGCAGCCUCUUGUUCCAAGACUAAUUUAAGACAGCGCUUUGAACCCUGAGCCUAGUGUGCUGCAGCAGAGUGUUGUGAAUCUGUUAGGUGCACUGCUUAGUGAGUCCGGAGCACCGAGUAGAUUUUGGUCGCAGAACUUCAACAGCUAAACGAGGCAUUUUUAGUUUUAUUUUCUGUUCAUCAAGAGGACUUCAGCAGGAUUUUCAACAUGGAUACAGCUCGCGACUCUAUCGGGGAAAGUAAGCCGGUGUGCCAGUGUGCUCCAAAGUCCGCGGUCCACCGGUGGCUUCCAGGUUUCCCCAUCGCCCUGUGCUUGCUGAUGUCCCUGAGCUCCAUCACCGUGUGUCUUCUGAUGAGCCUCAAGACCUACCAGCUGGAGAACCGCCUGCAGAUGGAGACGGACAAAGCGUCCAUCUUCCACCCGCUGCGCACUGCUUGUCUAAACGAGGAUGGGACUCUAAUUCCAGAGCUGAGCACUUCGAUAGGGCAGUUCGUUGAAGAGAAAGUGGUGGUGCUGAUGCCAAAAUUGCGGACAACUAGGGAUGUUGGCCAAGAGUGCUCCUGUCCUCCAGGGCCUCCAGGAAAGCGUGGAAGGAUGGGAAGAAGAGGGGAAGCUGGACUGCCUGGCAAGGCUGGACGGGAUGGAUACCCGGGUCCUCUUGGCUUGGAUGGGAAACCAGGUUUCCCAGGUCCCAAAGGAAGCCAGGGACUAGCCGGACCCAAGGGAGAAAAGGGUGAUCAAGGAGACGUUGGACCCAGGAUGGUCUUCCCCAGAUAUGACCAUGGCUUUCUCUCUGGAGACCAGUCCAAUAGUUUUCAGAGACGUUUUCUGAAGGGUGACCAAGGCCAGGCUGGACCCGCUGGUCCUCCUGGUCCUCCAGGUCCCCCAGGUCCCCGAGGCCCCCCUGGGAACACAGGCAAGGACGGGCCACGUGGCCCUGCUGGCGAGCCGGGUUUUCCAGGUCAUGAUGGCGUUGAGGGGACACAAGGAUUGCCUGGGAAGCCGGGACAAGAUGGUGAGUCCGGCUAUCCGGGACCACAGGGUUCUCCAGGAGCGAAGGGCGAGUCCGGUACGGGAGGAAAAGGAGAGAGAGGCAUGGAUGGACUCCCAGGAUUGAAGGGAGACAAAGGGGAAAUAGGAGAGCAAGGCCAACAGGGACCCAUGGGUUAUCCCGGUGAAAAAGGCGCAACAGGCUCCUCAGACAUCAUCGACUUCAAUGGGAAGCUUCUAGACGCUUUCCAGGGUCCACCUGGACCACCUGGACCCCCAGGCUCUUCAGGGGAAAAGGGUGAGCUUGGUUUACCUGGGCCAGAGGGAGUCGAUGGGGAGAAGGGACCUAGAGGUGACAUAGGUGAGACAGGACCAGCUGGCGAGAUUGGAGAGAAGGGAGAGAUGGGACUCUCUGGGCCCGCUGGUAUGGACGGACACAAAGGAGAGAAAGGCGACUGCAGAAUAGAAGAUAACCUGGUUCAGAUGAUUUCGCAACCAGGCCCACCUGGCCCACCAGGGGUUCCCGGGUCCCCUGGAUCUAUGGGGCUGCAUGGUAUGCCUGGUCCUAAGGGUGAGCCUGGAUUCGGGAUAAAGGGAGAGAAAGGGGAAUAUGGUGCUCCUGGACUCAGAGGAUUAGACGGUCCCCAGGGCACAACUGGGUCUGCAGGGUUAGUGGGUCUUCCAGGUGCGAAGGGAGAAAAAGGCAGAUCAGGGGAGCCUGGACUAGACGGUUUCCCGGGUGUGAUGGGAGGGAAAGGUGAACGAGGCGAAAGAGGAGACAAGGGUGACCGAGGAUCAGUGGGAAAGAGGGGUCUAAAGGGCCAGAAGGGAGAGCAGGGUCCUCCAGGCCUGGACCAGCCCUGUCCUGUGGGACAGGAUGGGCUGCCCAUACCAGGCUGCUGGCACAAGUGAUGACUAACCAGCAGCAUGGAAUCUGUACAUAUUGAUAUGGUAUAUAUUGCAGUUGAAUACUACACCAACAACCCACUCCCUUUUUUUUUCCUUUUUUCAUAAAACAUUUUAUAUAAUAUAUUGAGAUUUUUUUUAACAAGGACAUUUUUUGAGUCUACAGUAUUACAAAAACUUUUUUAAACUUUAGAGAUCCAGUGUUGUUGAGAAUGCAGCUGUGGUUUUGAAGAGAAGAAACUGAACUGGCAGUUGCACUCUUACUUUGAAGGACAGUCCAGAUGACAGUGUUGGAGUGCCUUGACAGUCUAGCGGCCUCACUAACAAAGCCUGAGUUGCUGCCUGAUUGUAAUCAUGACCGCUGUAUGGACAUAAUGGUGUGUGCACUCACCCAGUCUCACGGAUGCUUGGCUGGAUGGACAGAUCUCUUUGGGAGUGGCCGCUGGAGGAAUGUGGGUCAGAACUCUCCUCUUCUCUCUCUGUUUUCUGAAAGGAGGCAAUGGCGAGACAGAAGCUCAAACGCAAGCGUCUCUCUCAGCCCUGAAUGGGCGUGGCGCCUGGUGGAGAAAGGACACUUAAACAGGCAGAGAGCACGAGGGGCAGAUUGGCCUUUUAUGAAGCAGAGUGAGCCAUGUAAUCCCUCAGUGACAUACUGAACUCUUGGGA